CAUGGAUGGAUGGCCCCCUAUUCCGGCUCCCGGACGGAGGUGCUCCGCAGGGAUUCUUGGCGAGCUGAUCCUGCAGCAGGAGGUCUCGCGUGCUUGUCCAAUCCAUAUUGGUCCUGCUGACAAACUUGCGCAUCUUGAAAGUCCGGCCUGCAGCGGACACUUUUAGACCCUUGACCUUGGCAUGCGGGUUCUUCUGUGCUAGGUGCUGAAGAAUACAAAUCGGGAAGGGAAUGAACAAGGCUGUGUGUCUAUAGACCGAGGGGAGAGGAAGGGUAUAAAGAUGUCCAUGCCCAGCCAAGUCAUGACGAGGAAGGCGAGGUUCACAGCACGGCCAUUGAGCUUUAGUCACCUGGGAAAACAACAGACUAGUCUAGGUGAACAUCACGACAGCACAGGCCAUGGUCUCCCUCAAGCGGCAGCUCGCCCUGGCAAUGAUGCUCACACCAGCAGCCAUCAGCGUCUCGGCCAGUCCAACAACGUCUGGCGGCCACAACAACAUGCCCGCCAGGGCCCUCACCAACACGAGCGUGCCCGUGCGCUUCGGCAUGGUCCUGUUCCCGGCCUUUACGCCCCUCGACGUCUUCGGCCCGCUCGACAUGCUCAACAGCUUCUCCCUCACGCAGCCCCUCGAGCUCGCCCUCAUCGCAAAGACGCUCGACCCGGUCACCACGCGCCUGCGCAACCACCAGCAGGCAAACUCCAACUUCUCCCAGUCCGUCGUGCCCACGCACACCUUUGCAAACCCUCCCGCGGAUCUCGACGUGCUCUUCGUCCCCGGCGGCGCGGGCACCCGCGCGGUGAAAUCACCCGACCCGGAGCUCCGCCUGACCGAGCUGAUCGCAUACAUCCGGACCGUCUACCCGUCCCUGAAGUACCUCGUGUCCGUGUGCACGGGCGCCCAGCUGCUCGCCCAGGCGGGCGUGCUGGACGGCAGGACCGCCACCACCAACAAAGCCGCGUUCAACUCGACCGCCGCGUUCGGGCCCCGGACCUACUGGAAGGCGCACGCGCGGUGGGUCGUCGACGGAAACAUCUACACGUCGGCGGGGGUGACGGCCGGGAUCGACGCGACGCUGCAGUUCAUCGAGGACAUCUGGGGCGCCGAGCGGGCGCGGUCCAUCAGCGCGGGGAUCGAGCAUGUCAGGCAUCUCACGCCGGAUGACGAUCCGUUCUCGGCGCAGUUUGGGCUCGUGGAUAUCCCGCCUGUUGAGCAGGUCUAGAUAGAUACACGCAGACAGCAUCAAGACUUCUUGUCGGGGAAGAGAGCGGGAUUUCUUUGGUUGGUCGCUAUUGGGAUCUGGCUGUCCGUGCUUGCUCAGCGGUGUGGUCGUGCCCGGUUGCGACAAGACGAUGGAUUGAGAUUUAAGGCAGUUGCACCUGAAGGACAGAGUAUGGAGUAGAGAAUGCUAUCGCCAAAUUGAUCUGAUGUCCGUCGACCCAGUUCCUCAGAUCGAAACCCCUACAUCCGUGCAUGGCUGGGCCGGCUCUCACGGAUAGAUACCAGCACAGGCUAAAUUGGGCCUGCCCUGUCUGCAGGCCAAGGAAACUGCUGGCAGGUAAGUAGGACGGAGUGACACAUUUGCAAAGACGCAAGGGGAACGCACCAAACGCGGUGGAAAAAUCACUGUUCCAGUAGCUGGUACAACAACAUUCUUUAUUAUGACCGUGCUUCCUUGUUCGCAAUCCACUGUUGUUGAAG